GUUGGAAUGGGUCACGGCUUUGUUCAACAGUAGGAGGGGAGGGCUGACGGCUACAGUCGCUAAAAGUGUAAAAUACAAUCAGCCGGGCGGACUAUCCUGUCAUAUCUCUGUGUAGCUGUGUUGCAACGUAACUUCCAGAUAUUUGUUUCUCCUGGACUCGAAGGAUUUCGUCUAAGGGAUGUCAAAGCGAGUGCGAAGCAGAGAGGUCUGCGCUGAUUGCAGUGCUCCGGAACCUCGCUGGGCCUCUGUUAACAGGGGUGUGUUGAUCUGCGAUGAGUGCUGCAGCAUCCAUCGAGGUCUUGGGAGACACAGCUCUCAAGUCCGACAUCUGACUCAUUCUCCGUGGCCACACUCACAGCUGCAGAUGGUUCAAACACUGUAUGGCAAUGGAGCUAAUUCCAUAUGGGAGCACAGUCUUCUGGAUCCUUCCUCUUCAGUGAGUGGGAAACGCAAAGCCAACCCACAGGACAGAGUGCAUCCUAAUAAGACAGAGUUCAUCAAGGCAAAAUAUCAGAUGCUGGCGUAUGUACAUCGGAUGCCUUGUCGGGAGGAUGACAGUGUGACUGCAAAAGACCUCAGCAAGCAACUUCAUUCCAGUGUCCGUACUGGGAACCUGGAGACCUGCCUUAGACUCUUAUCUUUAGGAGCUCAGGCUAACUUCUUUCAUCCAGAGAAGGGAAACACCCCACUACACAUAGCAGCAAAAGCAGGUCAAAUAUUACAAGCGGAACUGUUGGCAGUUUAUGGAGCUGAUCCUGGAGCGCUGGACUCGAGUGGGAAGACCCCCAUUGAUUAUGCAAGACAAGCUGGGCAUCAGGAGUUGGCAGAGAGACUAGUGGAGAUCCAGUAUGAACUCACUGACCGACUAACAUUUUAUCUUUGUGGACGCAGACCAGAUCACAGAAAUGGGCAACACUUCAUCAUUCCUCAGAUGGCAGACAGAAAUAACAGCCUGGAUUUGUCAGAGUUUGCAAAAGCUGCAAAGAAGAAGCUGCAGUCGCUAAGCAACCAUCAGUUUGAAGAGCUAGCCAUGGAUGUUUACGAUGAAGUCGACAGAAGAGAAACGGAUGCAGUGUGGCUGGCCACUCAGAACCACAGCACACUGGUAACAGACACCACAGUUGUGCCUUUUCUGCCUGUCAAUCCUGAGUACUCAUCUACCAGAAACCAGGGUCGUCAGAAAUUGGCAAGGUUUAGUGCUCACGAAUUUGCCACACUGGUCAUCGAUAUUCUAACAGAUGCUAAGCGACGGCAGUGGGGUAAUUCCUGUGAAAGUCCCAAAGAUAAUGUGGAGCUGAUCCUUCAGGGACUAGACGGUCACCACAACAGUGAGGGCCAGGAUAAUGACCAGCCAGAUUACGAUAGCGUGGCAUCAGAUGAAGAUCCGGUCCAAGAAGCAACAUGUGGGGACAGCUGCAAUGAUGGAAGGACCAAGAGCUCAGAGUCUUCUGACCUGUCUGAUGGACCAAUCACAGUGCAAGAAUUUAUGGAGGUGAAGAGCGCCCUCACUGCAUCAGAAGCCAAAAUACAACAGCUUCUGAAAGUCAACUGUCACCUUAGUGAAGAGCUACGUUUGAUGCAGAGCAAGCUGAACUCCCUGCAGACUGAAAACACAACACUGCGAUGGCAAACCCCCAGCGGACAGCAGCACCCCCAGGGCCUCUUUGGUCGACAGCAACCUCGCGGAGGCCGCGCCAGGUCCAUGUAUGAGACGGGCUCUACUCCAAGGCAGUACCCCCACCGAGUCGACACGGCUCGGCAUGACGAUGGAGUCAUUUUACAACCCUUCCCUACCAAUAUUGGUAGGGGUCCUUUGGGGACGGCUGCUUCCUCCCUCCCUACCUUCCCCUCUUCCCUCUCCUGGUCGUGGGAUGAGAGAUCUCGAAGGGGCUGUAGUCUGGAAGGACAGAGUACAGUGCUGGAGAAUGACUAUGACACUACACCCAAUCACUCUGAAUUGGAGGAGAGUGGCAGCCCUCUUGCUGCCUCUGAAGCAGCCCACCAGGGGGAGGAGGGCGAGGAGGAUGCUACCCUGCCUUGCACAGAGGACGUCAUCUGUAAGACGGAGCAGAUCACUAAGAACAUCCAGGAGCUUCUGAGAGCUGCCCAGGAGACCAAACAUGAAAGCUUUCUGCCUUGCUCUGAAAAAAUCUGCAUGGCUGUGACGGAGAUGGCUGCCCUGUUUCCCAAGAGGCCAUCCUCAGAGACAGUGCGAGGGUCUCUGUGUCUGCUGACUUCAAGUGCUAGCCGGCUCCACGGAGAGUGCCAGAAGGCCACAGAACACAACCUCAGCCCGUCGGACAUCCAGCUGGUCACUCAGCAGGUCAUUCAGUGCGCCUAUGACAUAGCCAAAGCUGCCAAACAACUUGUUACUGUGACAACCAAAGAAAACAACAACUAACUAAACUCCAAAGACACUCCCAAUGCGCCAAACAUACAGCAUAUAAAUGAUGUUAAUCAAUGGUUUCCUUUUUCCCCCCCCAUAUUAAUCAGUGUAAGCUUUUGUGUACAUUCCUGGAGGUGGAGAAAAAAAAUAUAACAUGCAAAAUCAUAGCUCAAUCAAAAGCUUUAUUUAUUUUGUUGUUUUUAUACCAUGGUAAUAAAAAGUACAUAUAUAUACGGGGGGGAAAACUACGUGUUCUUUACCUCACAGAUUGAAUCUAUUCAGUUUCCGGAAGUGCAGUGUUGCCUGUGUAUAUAAAAGCAAUUAGAACAAACAGUUUUGCAUUAUCCGUUUCCUUCUAGAGGACACUAUCAGUCAUUAGCUGUGCUCACUGAGGUCCGCUUUCUGGUACUCAUAGACGAUCAAAUGUCUUACCUAGCAGCAAUGAUCAGAACAGAUGAGCUACUCCAAUCACAUUUGUUUGUUUUGUUUUAUUUUUCUUUAAGACGCAGUUGCAGUGUUCAUUGUUCUUGAAUCAUUGUGGUGUCGCUUGCUUAAAGUUCAAUUGUUUGUUCAGUAAGCCAACUGUGAUUAUAAAAGCAGCUUCAGUGUAUCGAGCACCGUGUGUCCAGACUUUGAGCCCAUCCAGCAACUCCAGCAGUUUCAGUCCAUCUGCUGGUUGAAAAAGUGUUUAUAAGUAAAGUAUCAAUAGUUUGGGGUUUUUUUCUUUUUUGACUUAUAAUGUUACAGCCAUACUUAAGAUGUUCUGUGUGUGUGCGUGUGUGAGCGUUGGCCUCAGUGGCCUGUGUGAAAUCCAUUUUGAAUCAAUUUUACUAGCGUUAUGCAAAUAUGUAAGAUGUAUGUAUCCAUGUAAUUCUUUAUCAGAAUAAUCCAAAUGCUAUUCUAUUUAUAAACUGUAUGUCAUACCUCUAAGAAAAUAUCAAUGUUUAUUUUCAUAAGCUUUGGUUUAACACGAUGCUCGGCGCAGGCUAACGUUUUUGUUCUGAGCUCUGGGACGUCUCAGCCGGCAGUUAGUUAUAGGAAACGUGUGGUCUGUUUAUUUUAGUGUGGUGUUUUAACUCCAGUAUUUUAGACGCUUCAUGUGGUCGAGUAUGUACCGCCUACGGCUUACAGCCAACGAUAAUGUAAUUGUACCCUCAGUUCUAGAAUAGCUGUUGUAGAACACGGGUCUAAUGUGACACUCGCUGUGAGCCAGAUGUGUUUGAACCAGGUGUGGAAGGAAAACUGGAAUACGCUGCACGACAAGUGAACGGCAGGGUCGCGCUCUUAUUGCAGGGUCCUUACUGUGCAAUUUAAAGUGUAAUGUAAUUGGUGCUAGAUAAAGAAAAAAACUAACUAAUUUAUCACUGCUCAAUUUCCUUAUAGAGGACUACCUGUUAGAAUGUGUUAAAGAAAAUCUAAAGCACCUGUUCAACUGUAACCACCGCAGUAUGAACAUGCACAUUCAUUUCUAUCGAAAACUGCUUUCUUAGGUGGCUGGGUGAGGAUCAAAAAGACAUUUAGAUGUAUCCUUAAAACGUCUUCAGUGCACAUGAGUAUACUGUUCAUUUCUUAGUUGCUUAAGUCUUCUUAGACAUGUUUUUGAGAGAAUAUUAAACCAUUUGUUAAGGUCUGCAUACUGUUUUUUGUUUUUUUUUUGUUUUUUUUUAUGGUUUUCACUUGCAUAACAUGAUCUAGAAGUUUGUUCAUGUCACAGAGAUCAGUUUUUAAAAAAUUUUUAUAACUGUUUUCUAAUUUUUUUUUAGUCUGGUUUUGGUGGUCUGGUGAGAAUGAUUACUUACAUUUAGCUUUACUCUACCAUUGUACUGCAUCCUUGUUAUUUUCUGCUUAAGGUUGCAAAGCAGGGGUGUCAAACUCUGGGCCACUUUAAGGUGCUAAAGUACACAUUUAAUAAACCUAUCAAUAAUAACAGUGAUGAUGAGCAGUCAGAGAUGGCUUGAGAAACUAGUUGUUCAGUGUGUUGACAGAUUUUUACACCCGAUCCCCUUCCUGAUGCAACCCCUAAGGGUUUUAGGUUUCUUCACAGGAUGGAACUUGAGAUCUUUUGGUUAUUACAUGACUGUGUAAACCUCAACACUCAGAAAAAUAGGUGCAAGUUUAACAGAACAUGUCCGUUUUUCUACAUUAUAAAGAACUGAAACCCGUCAGCAAAACAGCUCUCUAGGCUUACACUUUAGGAAAUAAAUAAUUAAAGAAGCACUGACGGCUCAUUAUCCAGACUCAUUUCCAGAAAAUGUGCUAUUUUUAGUGAGGACUGUAAAAAUGGGGAAUGUUAUUCCAUUAAACUGUUAUUUAAUUGGACACUAAAUAUUUAAAAAAAAAUGUUUUCAUAUUACUUAGUGUAGCUUCGCAGGCCACAAAUGAUAUCAGUGUUAGAAAUAAAGCUUUAAAACGUAUAAAAAUACAGUUAAAAGUUUGAAUUUUUUUGCCCUCCUGGACUCGAUUGGACCCUUUGGCGGGCUGUUCUGGCCUCUGUACCCUAUGUUUGACACCUUUGUCUUAAAGGAACACUAGGUUUUACUGAAUAACAUGGUCUGAUCUCAUAUGGUCUGGUAGUAGAGCAUUAUGUAAAGUAUGCAGGUGGUUACAGCAAACCUAAGAAGGCUGUCUAUUAGAAAAUAAAUACCACUGCCAUUCAUUUCUUAAAAACCAGCCAUAGUACCUCUGUGAGCAAAAUGUAACGCAAAAAGCAAUUUAAGUAGCAUAUAAAUACUUCUUAGACUGCCACUUUUUAAAAGCACAUAAACUACUGACUUUAUAAUGUUAUAAUGCACGUAUUCAGUUACUUCCACCCUGGAGUCAAACCCGUCAUUUAACUCCCUGUAACUUGGAGCCUGCCCUACCUGUGGUUCGAAUCAAUCCCUGCCUUAGGUAUAAUAAAGUCAUUCAUACCUCA